AAACGUUAGUACACUGAACAGUUUAUAUUUUUUGUCUCUUAUCUCUUUUUUUUGAGUUUUCAAUAUGAAAUUAUUUUUUUUAUUUAACUUAGUUUUUAUUAUAAUAGUAAAUGCUCACGUUCAUAUGGUAUACGAUAGAAAUGAUGUUUUUGAUCGUAAGUUAUACGAAGAAGUGUUGGACCGUGGAGAGUGUUUGAAACAAAUGAGAUAUAUUGUGACAAAAGAUCCUUUGUUAUGGGCUCGAUUUUUGGAUGCGGGUUAUAGAAAGCCACGAAGUCUACUAAAAGGAAGUCUAAACGAUUUAGGCAGCUACUAUGAAUGUUUGGGUAUAAAUAAAAAUGUACAAGAUAUGAAUAUAGAAGGCAAAUAUUGUAUGGCGAAUAUGCCACUAAAUCAAUUUUUUAGUUUAUCCAGUUUGCCAGUACAGUCAGAACUUCUAGGAGCAUCAUGGCCAGAGUUCAAUUCGAUGAUGUUUAAUAUUGAUAAUAGUACCUACAAUGAUCUGAUAAAGCAAAUGAGUAUAAAGAAACAACUUCAAGGAUUGGUUGGAAUAACAUCAGAAGACAAUAAUAUAUCGAGAGAUGAAGAGUCAAGCCAAGGUUUUCAAAUCAGUAUACGCCUAGCAGUGUGCCUUCCAAAACCUUGUUCUUUGCAUAAUGUACUAGAAACUAUAUCAAAUAUAAGCAGUUUGCGAAUUGAAGAAGAUUAUUGCAGGAUUCCAAAUGAUAAACCAUGGGUUGCUGCAGAUUAUGUCGCUUUAGUUAUAUUCACUUUACUCGGUAUUUUUAUGGUACUAAGCACUGCUUAUGAUAUUCGACACCGAAUAUUCUUAAAAAAAGAUCCAAAAACAGCCAAUAGUCUGUAUCUGUCCUUUUCCGUUUACACAAACACUCUAAGACUGGUGACCUACAAACCAGUACCAGGAGCUCUAGAAUGCUUGGAUGGUAUUAGAGCAAUUGCAAUGCUGUGGGUUCUAGUUGGACAUACGUAUCUACAUUAUCUAUCAGCGCCUGCGCUACACAAUCCUUUAGAGAUUUUCGACUUUAUACAAUCCUUUUGGUCUUUGUGGAUAACGGCUGCCCCCAUUACUGUUGACACUUUCUUCAUGCUUAGUGGACUUCUGUUAAUUUAUACUACAGCAGGCAAAAUGACAGGAGUAAAGUUACUGAAGAACCUCCACAUGUUCUAUUUGAAUCGAUAUCUGCGUUUAUUCCCCGUGCUGGCCGCUUGUGUACUCCUUCAAGCGUCGCUGUUCUAUCGGGUAACAGACGGGCCUGUGUGGGAGGUCGUUGCGCAACAAACAUACCAAUGCAGAAAGUAUUGGUGGUCAACAUUAUUGUACAUACAGAACUAUUACAACCCUUACUACGUUUGUAUUCCAAAUACAUGGUAUCUGGCAAUAGAUUUCCAACUCUUCUUGAUAUCUCCUCUUGUUCUCGUCGGAGUGGUCGGUGCAACCAAGAGAACAGCUUGGAUCACAUUAACUACUGCCCUACUGGCUAGUCUUACAGGAUCUAGCAUUUAUAACUUUAUAAUGAGAUUCGCAUCUGGUAUUUUUACUCUUAGUCCAUCAAGAGAGGACCAGCCGGAGUAUUUUACUUUGUACUACGUAAACACGUUGACAAGGUCAUCGCCCUUCUUCGUGGGAAUGAUAUUUGGAUAUAUUCUAUAUAUUUAUCGUGGAAAGACGUUAAUUAUGUCAAAAGUACAAGUUGCCCUUUUAUGGUUUUUUGCUAUAAUUUUGUCAUCGGGAGUCAUUUGUAGUCAUUAUCUAGUUAUACAACAAGACUGGGAUAAUCAGAUAGUCGAUGACUUGAUCAAUUCGUACAUGAGGCCAAUUUGGGCUUUGAGCGUUUGCUGGAUGAUCUUCGCUUGUACACAUGGAUAUGGAGGUCCCAUUAACUGGUUCCUAUCUCAUCCCAUGUGGAAGAUACUGGCAAGGUUAUCGUAUGCCAUGUAUAUUUUCCAUUACCCACUUAUGUUUGUAGUCAAUGGAUCCAUAAUAGCCCCUCUUUAUUUCAGCGAUGAAUUCGCGAUACAAAAAACUAUGACUGAUUUUGUGAUAGCAGUUUUGGCUGCGUAUAUAAUCACAUUGUUUGUAGACGCGCCCUGCUCUGUGUUGAUUAAACAUUUCUUGGGAGGUAACAAGAAGCCAGCGCCAAUAAAACCCUUGGACGGCACUGCUAAUCCCUCAGAGGCGAAUAACAAAAAUGAUUCAGCAUAAAAUUAAUAAAUAGUUAGACCGUAACGCCAUCUAGUCUUAAACUAAGGACUUGUACAAUGAUUAUUAAAUAAUUGAUGUACUAUAAAUAAAUGUCAUUUUUUUUUAUAUAAAUAACAUAUUUAGAUGGAAAAUGCCAAGAUAAUCUGUAUUAUCUGGACGUUUCAUAGUAAGUAAGUAUAAGCAAUUAUGAAUAAAAAUUGUUAUUUGUAUUGAACGGGCAUCGAACCUGCAAACAUCGGAAGGUGAAGCAAUGAAAGCACUAUACCAACGAUACAAUAAAAUAAGUAUUAUCUA